ACUCUCGCUUGUACUGCGCCCUGCACUAGGUGUCAGUAUGUGCUUUUUCGCCCUUUUAUGGAAAGUAUCUUCAACCUAGAAGAGAACCAGGAAGUAACUCCAUCGUUUGUUUAGAUUAUUAGCUAGAACGCGCUUGGCAACAUCGUGAGUUACGUUUUUGCUUGCUUUAGAAAGUGAAAGGUGUAGCUAGAUAGGGUCAUUCAAAAUAGCAUCAUAACAUGAAUAAAACAGAGAGGGGAAUCAUGAGCUCAUUGCUUGUUGUUGUGGCUGUAACUUAUGUCCUCGUUAGCCGAGCAGAAUGUCACACUAGUACUACGCCAACGCCAUUGAAGUCUUGCAAAGCCUUCUCAACUUGUGACUCAUGCACUCAAAACCCAAAGUGCCUGUGGUGCAUGACCAACGACACCUGCACAGACUACCCAGUGAGCUACAUUCUGCCUCCGCCUGCAGUGUGUAAACUGUCACAGGCACGAUGGGGAGUGUGUUGGGUGAACUUCGAGGCUCUGAUCAUUGCCAUGGCAGUGUUAGGCGGGACCAUCAUCAUCAGCAUUGCAGUCUGUUGCUGCUGUUGCUGUUGCUGCAAGAAACGUCAAUCAGGGCCAGACAGAGAUGAGGAGAGGUUUGUCAGGAGGAGAGAGGAGAUCAGACAGCGUGCUGAUGAACGGAAGGUGGAGAGGAAGGUGAGGCAUGAUGACAUCCGCAAGAAGUAUGGUCUUGUCCCUGACUCUGACCACCCAUACAGCAAGUUUGAAAAUGAGUAAACCAGAAACCUGUGUGAGAGAGAAGAGUUGUUCAGAUGGCUCUACUCUGCUCCAUCCUCUUUGGGCUGACUACCAUCCUGUCCUGCUGAUUGCUUUAGCUUAGAGAGCAGACACACACACCUAUACAUCAAGACCGGUCUAUCAUCAUGAUUCAUCUAAAUCAAAACCUUUGCCUAUAAUUAUUAAAUGCAGUUUUUAUUCAUUCAUUUUAGGUUCUGAUUGAAAAUUAUUUACAGUUUGAGAAUGUUAUGUUUUUCACACAAUUAAGAAGUUUGAAGAAGUCUAAUAUUUAGUUUGCGGUUGGAGACGUGGCACUGAGUGGAGCUUAACUUUCUGCACAUUGUCUGUGUAUUUUUGUGAAAUCUGAUUUAAUGAGCCUUUUUUAAGUUGCUGUAAUAUCUGUGAGUAUGUUUUCGCUUUGUAUAUAUUUUAUAAACCAAGAUCAUAAUUAUGCUCAAUCUGA